GGCAGCUGCUGGACCAUAUCGGGGGCAACGUCAACCCCCUCCUCGUAGUGUCAAAGAUCCCCGGCGGCAUGGCUGUCCCGCGCCUGCGCGACAGGCUGCGCGCCAUCAUCGCAGACUUCCGCACCCAGACCUCCCUCCGCGAGGGCUGCAACGCGGUGCUGCGCUCCGACUGCCGCCAGCUGAUGGCGCGCCUGCGGCGCGAGGCGCGGCGCGCGGUGCCGACGGUGUACGUGCAGCAGGGCGGGGGGACGGCGGCGCAGGGAGGCGGCGCGUGGCUGCGCUACCAGCCGGGCAGCAGGCAGCCGGCGGCGCCUGUGGCGACGGCGGAGGUGCCCGACAUCGGCGGCGGCGGCGGCGCUGCGGGAGGGGUUUGCGUCGGGCUGCCGUGCCGGGUGCGGGAGCAGCUGGGGGACAGCAGCGGCGGCGGUGCGGACGGCAGCGGGGGGCAGGCGGCGCAGCGGCGGGCGGCGGCGGCGAAGCAGCGGUCUGCCAGGGCGCUGCAGGCUCGGCUGCCGUCGCUUGUGUCAUGA